AUGGUUAACUUCUUGAAGUACGUUCGCGCCCUCUUCAAGAAGAACCCGAAGCGCCUUCGACCCGAGACUAUCUCCAGCUGGUGCUCUCCUGGAUCCACCAUUCCCGACGUGGUUAGACAAGACGAUUUUGCGGAGAAGGCCUACUCACCUUCUGGAAUGCACCUUUAUGGUUCAGCUGCGACAGUGACUCAAGUCCCUUACCCACCAUCCGCUCCGCGGAGCGCGGCAUCGCAAGCACGCUCUGUACAACCAUCUCAGCGCCUUCCAACUAUCACCUCGCAGUACACUAGGUCUGCUGGUGCGCCUUCUGUUCGAAGCGGACAUUCCAAGCACGAUAGAAUUAGAGCUAUUCCACCAGCCUCUAAUCGUGGUUGGGCAGCGCAGACGCCAGCUGCCUAUAGGUCUGCGGGCGCCCUUUAUGCUUCUCCUCCCGUCCCAGCUGGAUAUCCAUCACAGCCUUCGUACAUUGCAGCUCAAACUGGCUACAGGUUAUACAAUGCGCCCUGUGCACAGCCGCGGUACAACCCGUAUGGCUCUGUCGCUACGGCGCCCAGUUUACCUCUAGCCCAGAGAGGCCUAAUUCAGACAUCUUCGACGAAGAGGGAUCCUCGACCGACCCCAGCGCCUGUGUACUACCAGGGAGUCGCCCCUAGCACCCGUGGUCAUCCGGCACCUACACCAGCCUCCCAGCAGGGCCAAGCACCUGGUGUCUUUCUGACGCUGAACAAUUGUCCGAACACGAUGGUAAUUGUUCACCCGCCUGCACGCCAGGGUCCGAGCCCUCCCUUUUGA